ACUGGUCGGGGGGGAGGGGUUCCGAUCCAUAUCAGACAACUGUUCCGGGUGAUUCGGGCUGGAUUCGACCUCGUCCUUCUCUGGAGAAAGAGAAGUUAAAACUCUGAGUUUUAAACACAACUAUAUACACCAUAGCAAACCCAAAAUAAGAAAACAACCGCAAAACAAUAACAGAGAGGUCAAACAAAAUGUACCCGGCCCAUCCUGCCCCGUGCGAUAUAUAAGGCAGAGGUAUAACACCGGCUUUAUAAAUCCUCUGGAGAAGAGGCGUCGGGACGCUCACCCGCUGCUCCUGCCACACAGGUUUGUGUUACACACUGAUCCACAUCACCAUGAAGCCCGUACUCUGUGCCGUGUUGCUCACCCUGAUCCUACACCAUGCAGAAUGCAGACGCUACAGUCAGGAAGACAAUUCUGGAGAUGAAGGAGAAAAUGGUCCACCCGGAGGAAGACGUGGCUUUAGAGGUCAGAAAGGCCAGCAGGGUGGCGGAAUCCCUAACCAGCUGUCUGGACUGGCCCAGAAGUUCUUAGGAGGUGGUGGGGCAGGAGGAGGGCUGGCAGACAUAGCCCAGAAGUUCUUAGGAGGUGGUGGGGCCGGAGGAGGGCUGGCAGACAUAGCCCAGAAGUUCUUAGGAGGUGGUGGGGCCGGAGGAGGGCUGGCAGGCAUGGCCCAGAAGUUCUUAGGAGGUGGUGGGGCCGGAGGAGGGCUGGCAGGCAUGGCCCAGAAGAUCAUGGAUCCAGGAAAUGGUCAAGCUGGACUGACCCAGAAGUUUGGUUUGUCAGAGUUACUGGAUUCUGGGGACGGCCAGAAGGGGUCGAUACUAGGAGGUCUUACAAACAAGCUUUCUGGGAGGUCUGGAGGAGGUGGAGGACGUGGCGGUCGUGGAGGAGGUGGAGGACGUGGCGGUCGUGGAGGAGGUGGAGGACGUGGCAGUCGUGGAGGACAACGCCAGAAAUUUAGUCAAGAUGAAUCAGAUUAUGGUGAACCCCAGGAGGACCAUGGCAGAUAUGAUAGAAGACAAGGCAGACGCCCUUCAUAUAGAAGGCAAAAACAAGAUUACGAGGAUGAUGAAUAGAUGUAUCCAGAGACUCCAUGACUGAAGUCAAGAAUCAAUCAAAAAAGAUCAUCUCCAAUCCUGCGACCCCCUAAAAUAAAAAAAACUACUUAUAUGGAAGAUGCUGCAAAAUAAACAAAAGUGGUGACCGAUUUCCCCAAAACCAUAAAAACCUGAUAGAUAAUUCAAUAAAGAGAUACAACAACUGGGAGCUCAUGUACGGGAUGUUUACUGUGAUGACAUCUGACAGCUUUGUUUCAUGAUGCAGAA